CUAAAUUUUACAUUUAACCCCCUCAUCUCUGUCGUAUUGAAUCACCAACAAACAACCACCACUUCACCAUCACACAUCACUCAUCAAUGGCGAUGAACAAACUGCUGCUAAUCCUCACGGCAGCUUCCAUCAUAACUAUACUCCACCGCACCGCCGCACUCCCGGCCGAAACCCUAACUAACGCCGCCGACACUCUCUCCAAUUCCGGCUACGUCGCAAUGUCAUUAACCCUAAACCUCGUCUCCGACGUCUUACUCUCUCACCACAACUCUGCCACCGUCUUCACGCCACCAGACUCAUCCUUCUCCGACUACGGCCAACCGUCGCUAACAAUCCUCCAACUGCACUUCUCUCCGAUGGCGUUCUCGCUUCAAAGCAUCAGAUCUCUACCGUACGGCACCAAAAUCCCCACCGUUGACUCCGGUACGUUCCUCACCGUCACUACACGGUCACCGUCCGAUCAGAUCUCGAUCAACGACGUCAAAAUCGUCGGAUCUCCGAUUUUUGACGACGGAUCCUUGAUCGUGUUCGGUAUUGAAAGCUUUUUCGAUCCGAAUUUCACUGUUCCGGAUCCUCCGGUUCCAACAGCUAGGUUAGAUCACUGUACGGCGUCGUUUGCAGAUAACAGUAACUUCUCGUUUCAUGAUAGCGCUAACGUGUUGAUAUCUAGAGGUUAUUCUGUAAUGGCUUCGUUUCUAAAUCUGCAAUUACUAGGGUUUAUAACUCAACCUACUUUGACUGUUUUCGCUCCUAGUGAUGAAGUUAUGGUUGAUUAUUCCGGUAGGUUUCCUGACUAUCAGUCUCUGUUUCAUCGGCAUGUGUUGCCGUGUAAGGUUUCGUGGCGAGAUCUGAUCAAUAUCGAUGACGGUACGAGUUUCGAUACGUAUUUGGAAGGAUUUGAGAUCAAAAUUAACAGAUCUGGUGGUAGUUUUAAGGUGAAUGAAGUUCCGAUUACUUUUCCGGACAUGUAUUACAGCGAUUGGAUUGUUAUUCACGGAAUUCGUGAGAUUGUUUCGUUGCCAAAACCGGUAGAUGAGGCUAUUGAUGGUGAUGGUGAUGGAGAUCCGUUUGAUGAUACUCCGGCGAGUACUUCCGGCAGAGAACUGAUUGCUUCUGGUCCGGAUCGUUCUGAGUUCUGAGUUUUGACUCAGUAGAUAAGGUACAUGACUCAGUAAAUGCAUAAUUGCAUAUAAUAACCACUUUGUACUGAAAAGGAUGCAUGUAGAGUAAUUGAUUCAGGUGCGACUCGGAUUCGGUUAGGUGAUCUUAUUCUUGUUCUAUGAAUUUGUAAUUUUCGUUAUUGUUUCUUCAAUCUGAUUAGGAGUUUUCUGACAAUUAGUGAUCUAAGCUUUUGAAAAUGGAGUUGGUAUGAUCAACAGACAGUUGAGUACAAAA